AUGGCUUCCUCUGAUUCCGUCGUAUCUCACACUGCCUUCGAUGCUCUCCAGAUCGGUCGCUCUUCCCAGUUUGUCGUGGCUAGAGAUUUUGUGAUUCAUGGUUUCAUCCCUGCUGGUCGGGCCAGUUUUUACCGGCCAUCCUUGCUUGACGUUUCUGUUGUGAAGACCACCAUUGAUCAAGUCCUCGACAGUGCUCAUGUUAUCAACGAACAAAAAUUCAUGCUGAGGCAGUAUGAUCAUCUGCAGGCUCUAGCAAACACUAACUUAGAACUUCCAGAUGUUGUUGCCCAGAUUUAUUCGGUCCAAGGGUCUGAUCUUGAGGACGUAGGAGUGAUGACUCGAGUUGUUGUGCGCUUCAUGAUUUCACCUAUCAUACCAGAAAAGUCAGAAGAAAAUAAAUUACAAUGCUUUUUGGUUAUCGUAGGACUAAACAAAUUAAAUAUAAAACAAUAUGAGAAUGUUAAUAACUGGAGAUAUGGAACACAGUAA